AGUUGAGAUUUUUCUCUAAGAGGGCGAUCGAUUAGGGUUUGUUUUCAUCGGAAUAAACUAUUUGAUCGGAGACAUGACCUCGACCAUGGAGGGCGUGAUAAAGUCAAUCCAAGGUCUAUCCUCGACCUCCGGCGACUUAUCUUCGCUCCACCGUCUUCUGAAAGGAGCCGAGGAGACGCUCCGAAGCGAAUCGGAUCUCCAAAUCUCUACUCUUGACCAGCUCGACGCUUCGAAGCAUUCUCUCGGUUAUCUCUAUCUCCUCGAUGCUCUCACGUGUGGUCCAAUGUCGAAGGAGCAAGCUUUUGAUGUGGUUGUGUUAAUUGCUCGGUUUAUUGAUUCUUGCGAUGCUGAGCAGAUUCGUUUAGCCAGCGACAAAUUUGUGUCUCUUUGUAAGAGAUUUAAAGAGAAAGUUUUGGAGCUUAGAGAUUCUUUACGAGGUGUGGCACCGUUGUUGACAGCUGUUCGUAAGGUUCAGGUGUCCACCAAACGUUUGACUGCUUUGCAUCCGGAUUGUCUUCAACUGUGUUUGCAGGCUAAGUGCUAUAAAGCUGGUUUCUCCAUUCUUAGUGAUGAUAUCUUGGAGGUUGACCAGCCUAGAGAUUUCUAUCUCUAUUGCUAUUAUGGGGGAAUGAUAUGCAUUGGACAGAAGAAAUUCCAGAAAGCAUUAGAGCUUCUUUACAAUGUUGUUACUGCUCCAAUGCAUAGUGUCAACGCCAUAGCUCUUGAGGCCUAUAAAAAGUACAUAUUGGUCACUCUCAUUUACUCUGGACAUUUUAGUAUCAGUCUCCCAAAGUGCGCUUCUACACCAGCUCAGAGGAGCUUCAAGACCUGGUGUAUACCUUACACUGAAGUGGGAAAUUGCUUCAACGAAGGGAAAAUCAGGGAACUAGAGGCAGUGGUUGUGGCCAACAGCUCAGAUUUUGAAAAGGACAAUAACCUUGGAUUAGUAAAGCAAGCUGUGUCAUCCCUUUACAAGCGGAACAUUCUGAGAUUGACUCAGAAGUAUUUGACCUUGUCGCUUCAGGAUAUAGCCAACAUGGUCCAGCUUGCUAAUGCUAAGGAGGCGGAAAUGCAUGUGCUUCAGAUGAUCCAGGAUGGUCAGAUACAUGCUCUUAUCAACCAGAAAGAUGGAAUGGUCAGAUUCUUGGAGGACCCUGAGCAGUACAAAACCAGUGAGAUGAUAGAGGUCAUGGAUUCUGUCAUCCAAAGGACUAUAAAGCUGUCGAAGAAUCUCAUAGCCAUGGAUGAGAGCUUGUCAUGCGAUCCUUUGUACUUGGGAAAGGUUGGAAGGGAAAGGCAAAGGUAUGACUUUGGAGACGAUUUUGAUACUGUCCCUCAAAAGUUCUCCAUGUAAAACAACAAGAAGAUCUGAAGGAACAAAACUUGGCUCAAAGACAACCCUAGUUGUGAAUCUGGUCAACGUUUCUUUGUUUUUAUUUUUUUUUCGGUUGUGAAGUUUCAAUGGGCAACAAGUUAGAGAAGAUCAUUUUGGACCCGCAAAUCUUUAUUACGAACUACGCCCUACAUUGCAUCAAUGAGCAGAAUGUGCAAUUCCUUCUAUUUAUUUAUUUAUAAAGCUUUAAGAGAUGACAUUGGGGUUAUAGAGGUUCGGUACAUGCUGUUGGAAGUAAAGUCCAGUCUGCUUUAGAAUUUGAAUACAAAGUACUCUAAUGGCCUUGCAACAUUGCUGGAUUAUGUAAACUCUUCAAAGAAUGAAGUUAUA